AUGAUCACCUUCAAGAUAGUUAUGAUAGGUGAUAAAUCUGUUGGCAAAACCAGCAUCGUUAAAAGGUACACAGAGAAUACAUUUUCAACAGGCACUGAGUCUACGAUAGGAGCUUAGUUUACCUCUAAAGUAAUUGAGAUCGCUCCUUAAGGAGUAGUUCCUGUACAAAUAAAGCUAUAAAUAUGGGAUACUGCGGGUGAAGAAAAGUUCAGAUCAAUAACUCCCAUGUACUAUAAAAAUGCUGCUUCAGUGAUCUUAAUAUACGAUAUCACAAGUGAGGAGACAUUUGUUUCAAUAGGCAGGUGGGUUAAUGAGAUAGAAAACAACGGCGCCAAUUAACUUCAGCUGGCACUUGUAGCCAAUAAAUGCGACAUGUCAGAAUAAGAGGAGAUUCCUUUGAAAUCUGGUAUAGAGUAUGCUAAGAAAUUAAAAGCAAUCUUUUAAUAGACUAGCGCAAAGUCUAAUGAGGGUAUUGAGUAAUUAUUUACCUAGCUUGGAGAGAAAUUAUACAUUAGACAUUUAGCUGGAGAAGCUGAUAUUGCUCUGAAGGGAAGAUCUGACACUAUCAAAAUAACUAAAGCCUCAAUGGCCGAAAGGAAGGAUGAAAAAUCUGGAGGAUGUAAGUGCUGA